AUGGUGAUGAGGACAAUGGAGCUAACUGGUCAAGUGAAGGAGAGUGAUCCGCCUGUGAGUGUUGAUGAAAUGAAUUCUUCUGAAGAUGAGGACGUGAAGUUGGAAACUACUCGUGCAAGAUUUUCAAAUGUCCUUAAAAGGCAUGGGCAGCUGACUCAGCGGCUUACUAGGGAAUCUGAGAAAACAGUUUCUGGACGUCUGCAAAAGGAGUUUGAAGCUCAACGUGCUUCUCAAACGAAAGAAAUAAGUCUAGUUGGUGAUCAGUGGAAUGAUGGGUUACUAGCUACAAUAAGGGAGCGGGUGCAUGUGGAGGCUGAGAGAAAGGCCAUGCAAAAGGCAGGAGAUGUCGCAGGGACACCAAAUCUUCCUGCCCAUGAAAAGAUAACUUACAUAGUUGGAAACAAAGUAAUAUGUUGUUUGGAAGGGUCUCGGAUUGGUAUCCAAUAUGAGACAUCAUAUGCUGGAGAACCCUGUGAACUGUUCCAUUGUAUUCUUAGCAGCAAGUCAUUCCUUGAGAAAGUGACAGUUCUUGAACAUACGAUUCCUUUUUUCUUGCCGAUAAGAGAGGCAGAACAUAAUUUUCUUUAUACAAAUGCAAUGAAAUUCAUAGACCAUGUCGGGGCCUUGGUGCAGGCAUACGUUGACAGAAGAGAACAGGUUCGCCUUACGAAGGAGUUGUAUGAAAAUCAAAUACAAGAACUUCAUUUCAGCCUUCCGUAUAAUAUGAUUGAAUUCAUGCUCCGCGGUUUUGACUGCAAGGUCACUGUGAGUCUUAGAUACUCUGAUCUUCUCAACACACUUCCCUCAGAUGUCAGUGUCUUUGCAUGGUCAACUUAUCGACCUACAAAGAGAAAGGAAAAUGGAAGUCAACCUAGUCCAGCUCGUUUGCAAUAUGCAGAGGAUGCAUUACGAUCGACGAGCUUACCUGAAGCAUUUGCUGAGAUUGUUCUGAAAAUGCCUCGAGCUCUGAGGAAAAUAUAUCCGGAGAUGAAGUCUGCCUAG